ACGCAAGCUAAACUACAUCAUGGUCAUCAUGGCACUUCGGAGAAACUCACUCUACAGGUUAAUGUCAGGGCGGUCCAGAUGGGUUCCGUGCAUUGCUGUAGAGGAUAAAAGACCGUUCACAUCCUACCCAAGAUCUCCUGAUCCAUUCGCAGUGCAAGACGGUUUGUCUCCCUGAUUCUGCACCUAACUCGUCUGUCGCAAGAUUUACUUUCGCAUCAAACCAAGUAUGUCGACGCCAAAAGAGCAAGGUCCUCCAUACCCUCCCACAACGGCCGCCGUAGGUGGUAUGCCCACCAUUGGUGUGGAUGUUCCAAUAUGCAGCGUUUUCCUCUUCCUCUUCAUCUGCGGCGCUGUCUGUCACAUGACUAUCCUCCAAAUCAACCUCAAGCGAGGUCACAAAUUCAUCAUGUCCGGAUUGUUGUUCGGCUUCUGCAUGGCGCGGAUUGUGACGAUGAUCAUGCGGAUUGUCUGGGCUAGCUAUCCGACCGACAUCCAAAUAGCGAUGGCUGCUAAUAUUUUCUCCUACGCCGGCGUCCUCAUCCUCUUCUUGAUCAACGUCGUCUUCGCCCAGAGGAUUUUACGAGCUGCGCACCCUCACUUCGGAUGGCACAAGACGUUAUCUAUGGUCUUCAUGGUGCUAUACGUCUUGAUAGUGGGUAUGCUGGCCAUGGCUAUCACGGCUAUCGUCCAGUCAUUUUACACCCUCAAUGUCAACACCCACAGAAUCGAUCGCGACAUGCAAAUCACGGCUUCCGCGUACUUGCUGUUCAUCUCAUUCCUGCCGAUCCCGAUGGUGAUCUUGGGUCUCAUUGUCCCUCGAAAGACCAGGCUCGAAAAGUUUGGUACUGGCCGAUGGAGAACAAGGAUUGCAAUUCUGCUCGUCAGCUCUGUGCUACUCUGUCUUGGCGCCUGUUUCCGCUCGGCAACCACAUACGAGAACCCACGCCCAAGAAAUGAUCCAGCUUGGUACCAUGCAAAAUGGUGUUACUAUUUCUUCAACUUCACGCUCGAGAUUAUCGUUAUUUUCCUUUAUGCCAUACUCCGAGUCGACCGCCGGUUCCACGUUCCCAAUGGAAGUAAAGGCCCGGGUGAUUAUGUGGUUGAGCAAAAGCCUAGGGAGGACGGAGAACGUACGGCGCACCGGGACAGAGCCAGCAGCAUGAAUAGGGUCCUGAGUGAAGAAGAAGUCUUUGAUGAUCUUUUACCUGUGGAGAGCAAACCGAGCAAAGACUUGGAGGGUCAAUUCGGAGUGUAGCAACUGCAUCUGGAGGAAUAUGGACAUGCAGAAUAGAUUCUCCGUACAUGCAUGGUCCAGUGUAUCACCAUGGAAUAGUAAUCUUAGAGUCAGAAGAUGUGACAUGCAUAAUAACAAAGGCGAGCUCGCUCUCGAUCUGGACGGUGUCACGUAACUACAUGGCUGUGUGGUUGUAGCGGCGGAAGAGAUUGAUUAGCUAACUAAUCUAAGAGGGAAAGACUGGCCGCUAUAUGUAGUCACUCGUAACUGAGCGCAAGGAGGGGGAAUACUAGGCUGGGCAAGUAUCCCGACGCUAAUAUCAC